CAUUGAGCUCUGUGGGCAAACUUUAUACUACAAAAAAAAUUACUAACUACAAUAUAUCUUGUCUCUGUCCUCUCAGAGAUAACCUCUCUUCCACCUACCUUCAAAACCCUCUGUUUUCAAUCUUUCUUCUAAAAAAAGAUCCAAUUUUCAACCAGAAAAAAAACCAUGGAUCUACCACCAGAACAGCUUCAAAACUUGAAAUUACCUUCACUUCUUAAAGAAUCAAUCACCAUACCAAAAAGAUCACCACAAACUUUUUACCGUAUAACCCUCAGCUUAAUCUUGCCACUUUCUUUUGCAAUCUUAGCCCAUUCUUUCUUCACUCAUCCAAUUCUCAAUCAACUUCAUGAAAACCCAAGUGCUUCUCAUGCUUCUCAAUGGACUAAACUCCUUUUCUACCAAUUCUGUUACUUAGUUUUCCUCUUAGCUUUCUCUCUUCUCUCAACGGCUGCUGUUGUUUUCACCGUUGCUUCUCUUUACACUUCAAAACAAGUAUCUUUCUCCUCAAUUAUCACUGCUAUUCCUAGUAUCUUAAGGCGUUUGUUCAUUACUUUCAUAUGGGUUUUCCUUUGCAUGCUUGUUUACAAUGCUGUCUUGUCUUUUUUCAUUGUUCUUAUGUUGAUUGCCUUUGAGAGCAAGAACAGUGAGAGCAAGAGCAGUGUUGCUUUGUUUCUUGUCUCUGUUUUUGUCCUCUCUGUUUUCUUCCUUGUUGUGCAUGUGUAUUUAAGUGCUUUAUGGCAUCUUGCUAGUGUUAUUACAGUUCUUGAACCAAUUCAAGGUCUUGCAGCUAUAAAGAAAAGCUAUGAGUUGUUGAAGGGAAAGAUUAGGGUUGCUGCUGUGCUUGUUUUAGGAUAUUUGGUGAUAUUUGGUGUGGUUAGCAGUGCUUUUGGAUCAAUUGUGGUGGAUGGUGGUGGUCGGUAUGGUGUUUUUGCUAGGGUUGUGAUUGGAGGGGUGUUGAUUGGUGUGCUUGUGGUUGUGAUUUUGGUGGGGCUUUUGGUGCAGAGCUUGUUUUACUAUGUGUGCAAGAGUUAUCAUAAUGAAAGGAUUGAUAAGAGUGCUUUGUAUAGUCACCUUGGUGGGUAUCUGGGUGAGUAUUAUGAGCCUCUCAAAGGGAACAUGCAAAUUGAUGAUAGCAGCUUGGAGGUGGAGAUGAAAGGUGGAGAAGCUGCUUGACAUCAUGAUUUGGUGAGUUUUUUACGGUGUUUGAGAUAGAGUACAAUUAAUAAAUCUCAGCCCUUCAUUUUCCUUUUAGCUUUAAUCAUGUGUGUUUGUAAUGUAAUGAAAUGUAAUGUAAUGAGAGAUGUUUAUUAUCGGUGUAUAUAACUUAAAUUGCGGAGGAUA